AUGAGUAAUGUAAAGGCUUUCGAAUUAAGAACAUUAAAAAAAAAGGAGUUAUUGGAAAAGUUAGAAGAAUUAAAAAAAGAAUUAAGUGGUUUAAGAAUAAGUAAAGCUAUUGGAAACUCAGCUAAAAAUUCUAAAAUACAUUCUGUCCGAAAAAAUGUUGCAAGAGUUUUGACUGUUUAUAACCAAAAAAAAAAAAUGGAAUUGAAGAAAAAAUAUAAAAACAAAAAAUUUAAACCUUAUAAUUUAAGAAAAAAAUUGACAAAAAAUAAAAGACUUCAAUUAACUGAACAACAAAAAAAUGCAAUGACACUAAGAGAAAAAAAAAAAUCUUUAAAUUUCCCCAAAAGAAAAUAUCUUGUAGUAUAUAAGGAAUAA